UUCAAGCGGAGUCACGCCGCAGCUACUUUCCCCCUGUGUCUGGAUUUAAAUGAUCACCAGGAGCGUUUCCUCGACGUAAACACAAACGCCACAUGGUCGACGCCGAAUCCUGAAACCUGAAAUGUCGACGGGGCUCACCUGAGCGGACUAUAGGAAACCUUAACUCUCAGACAAUCUUUUUUUUUUUUUUUUUAAAUAACCCGGGAUUUUAUUAAAGAUGUCUGUGCAGUGGACGAACUACUUUUUCUUCCUGGCGUGUUGCUCUGGAUUAGGGUUUGGAAGCCCAAACAGAUGCGACGAAGUGCGCAAAGUUUUCCAACUCAGGCAAAUUGGACCAAAUCAAUUAUUGCCUUUAGGUCCCAGACCAGGUUCAGACCUUCAGGUGUGCAUGUCCAAGAACCUGACGUGCUGCACCAAGAAGAUGGAGGAGAAGUACCAGGUGGCGGCCCGGAGGGACAUCCAGAACCUCCUCCAGACCUCCAGCUCCAGCCUUAAGUUUCUCAUCUCGCGUAACGUCGCUGCUUUCCAAGACACCUUUGAUGUCCUGAUGAGGCAGGCGGAGAAUCACACUAACGUCGUCCUCAAGGAGUCGUACGGCAACAUGGCUGAUCAGGCUGUGGGCCCUGUGCGGGAACUCUUCACCGAUAUCGGCCUCUUCCUGCUCGGGUCUGAGUUUAACGUUGAUGACUUAGUGCAGCGAUUCUUCGACGCCCUCUUCCCGCUGGUCUACAAUCACCUCAUCAACCCAGGCCUCAGCGACAUUUCGCAGGGCUACGCGGAGUGCGUGAGGUCUUCCAGCCGUGAAGUGAGGCCGUUUGGUGGGGCGCCUGGCCUCCUGGCUGAUCAAAUCGCUCGCUCGGGGGUCUCCGGGAAGCUUCUACUUCAGGCGCUGCACCUCGGCAUCGAGGUCAUCAAUACCACAGACCACUUACAGCUGAGCCGCGAGUGCAGACGGGCCCUGCUCAAGAUGCAUUACUGUCCGCACUGCCAGGGCUUCACCCAGUCCAAGCCCUGCAUGGGCUACUGCCUCAACGUGAUGCGGGGCUGUUUGGCGAGCAUGGCGGAGAUCGACGCCCACUGGAGGGAGUUCGUUCGCUCGCUCGAGGGCCUGUCGGCACGGAUGCACGGACCUCAGGAUUUUGAGCAAGUGCUCCUGGGAGUUCACACGCUGCUGCACGAUGCUGUCGGACAUGCUCAGAAAAAUGGACCCCGCCUCUCAGCACAGGUGCACAAACUGUGUGGCCUGCCAAGCAGGAAGCCUGCACAGUCGGUCAGCAUCCAGCACAGCAGCAGCAGCAGCAGCAGAGAAUCCAUCCCUCUUAAAGCUGUUGUCAGAGCAUCAGGGGACUCGCUCGCUGUCAGGAGAAGGGACUUUCUGAACAGUCUACGUCUGUACCGUACAUACUACGGUGGCCUGGCGGAUCAGCUGUGUGUGAGUGAGCUGGCCUCUGGUGACGGCCUGUCCUGCUGGAAUGGAACCAACAUUGUAAAAAGCUAUACCCUCCGUGUGGUGGGCAAUGGGAUCAAGGCUCAGAGUACCAACCCUGAGGUCAAAGUGAAGGGAGCGGACCCUGUAAUAAAUCAGAUCAUUGACAAACUGAAACACAUCAAUCAGCUGCUGCAGGGAAAGUCCAUUCCCAAACUGGGGUCGCUGGACCAGAUCGAAACAGGAAGUGGAGACACAGAGGGACGUUACAGCGGCGACUGCGAUGAUGAGGACGGUUGUGGCGGCUCAGGUGGUGGCGAGAACAAGAGGAAAGUCCCCAGAGUCUCCAAAUUGAGUCCAGAUGUGGCCGGUGAUCAUAAACAUCAUCAUCACCAUCGUCAUUAUCCACCUGCCGAGGAUUCAGAAAUGCAGGACAGAUCCAGGAGCCUUGGACUGACAGGAGCCAUCUGGGUCUUGAUAAUGCCUUGUUUACACAUGCUCCUGGCCUUGUAACAGCUGCCUUUUUGCAGCAUGAAACUUUCAGGACUUGAUUUCAAGCUUAUUAAUCCACGAAUGAAACGGCCAGUGGACAUAACCAGCUCCAUGUAUGUAACGGAGCACCACUUCCACACGGUGCAGGACACGGUAGGCGUGAACACUUAUGUUGUGUGGAAAUCACAAGACACUGUGGCUUACAUGUUAGACAGCAUUUGGUUCAGCUUUGCAAAUAUUAAUUAUUUUCUAUCACUUACCUGGAAAUCCUUAACACUAAUAAUGACUUAUUUAUAACAGCCAAUGUCAAAAACUAAAUACAGCAUAUGUUGAAAAAAAUUGGUAUUAAUUUAAUUGUAUUUCUGCACAUAAUAUAUAUGAUCUGUAGAUGUAUAUAAGCAUUCGUUUGCUUCUGCAUAUCACACUGUAAUUCACUCUAAACAGAACAGAUUGCACUACUUUUAAGUGGGGUUUUACAACUGCAGUGAAAGUAGUCAAGUGGAAGGCUACUUUUGAUGUUGGAUUUGAAAUCACGUUCUCCACAGUUCAAUGCAGUUGCAUGUUUGUACAAGCCCCGAUUAAAAUGGUCUGUUAUUCUUAUACCAUCUGAAGAAUCCCUUUUGUGUAUAAACCUAUGCUUUUACAUUUUUUUUGUAUACAAAGGUGCUUCAGAUAAUUGUAGAAAGCCUACAGUAAGGUCUCUGAUAUGUGCUGUAUGUUCUGAUACAUUCUGCUAACAGGAACAAAAAAAGAAUUUGAGGCAUCUGCUUUGAUUCACUUUAAAAAGCUGCCAUGCUGUCUAGAGUCCAUUUAAUUUGUAAAUUUCAUUGCAAAAUUGACCUGUAAUGCUACUGCUGAGAGAAAUGGUGAAAGGAGGGGGUGGUGGUGGGAGAAUUCAUACUCCUUUCUUCUUUAGAAAUAGAUUAGUUUCCUCAGGAAUCUAUUAUCAUCUUUCAAACUCAAUCCUCCUCUGCCUUCACACAAGCCUGGAUGGGAGCUGAUAGCUCCUGGAGCCACCGGUGAGGAAGAAUCCAGCUGCUUCUACCUGUGACCUGACUGCAUGCUGCCGGCGUGUUACUGGCAGGUUUCUGUGCAGAGAAAAAAAUGAUUUGUUUCACAUAUGCCAUGCAUGUCUGGUCAAUGAAUGGGAGAGAAAAGUACUCAGCGGUGCUGAAAAUUGGUUCUUUGGCUCUUGUGUGCUGGGGAGCUACUUGUAAAGCUGGAAAAAAAUAUUCUCUUGAGUUGCCGCAGAAGCUAAAAUGAUACUCUUCUUAACCCAAUUUCACUAUUACAUAUAUACAUACACACCACAGAAAUAAACAGGAACACAUUAAAGCUCCUACUGUAAAUAGAUGACAGUGUAAAAAACAUAACUGAAACAUUCAAUUAGGGCUUGAAACAGCUUUUUAUUUUCCAGAAAAUAGAAGUACAGUCUCCUCAGGUGCUCGAUUGAUCCUAUAUGAUCAUAUUUUAAAAUCCUGUGACCUUCCUCUCGCCGCAGUUGUCCUAAAGCAGGCAUAGCAAGUUCUCGCCAUUAGUCAUCCUCACCUUUAAUGUACCAGGUUAGACUUUUAUCAUGAUGUAAAGUCAAGGCUGUUUGAGUAUCUGAGCCACCUGAGUAGCUUGGAGCUUUUCCAACUCCAGUCUCAAGGUUUAGAAAUGAUAACUUUGAGAUUAAUUAUACUCAUCAUUUCUUACUGUGCUUUAAAUUUAAUGUCUGCGUAUGAGGCUUUUUGAGGUGACGUUCCCAAACGACAAUAGUCACAUCGUAGUAGCUUUAAUACAGUUGUUAAGCCACCUAACAAGUCACGACUGGUCCCCCAAACCAAUUAUCGCAGGUUGGCACCAUCAAAGUCAGCGCUAUUGUCGCUGGAACAACUGUGUUAAUGACACUGUUAAAGAACAGAGUUCAGUCUCUUAACUAGAUUACAGGCAGCAGGCACAGAGCCAAAGGUAGCUUGAGGCUAAAUAUACUGUGGAUGUCAGGUCAUACCGGUCCUCCUUUACUUAAAGGAAAAAGUUCAGUUUGAUGUCUUAUGUGAUUAUUAUCACUGCAAAUUGACACUGUUAUCCAGAGGAGGGGGAAAGGGCCCCUUUUUCUGCAAGAUUUGUUUUAAAUUCAUUCAACCUUUAUUUCAACUCGGAAACACACUGAGGUAGAGACCCCGUUUACGAUAUAGCCGAGUAAUGGUCUUCAAAGGAAAAGUACUGCUCAGCUUGGGUCGUCUGUUAUAACAUUGUAUUCACCAAAGUAACUGCUGAGAGCUCGACAACACGGCUGAAAAUAGGUCUGACAAACACAAGCAGUCAAACGAUCGGACAGGUUGUAAACAAACACCUGAGGUUGGCAAAAGAGAAAAUGGAAGAGAGAAUGAAGGUGACAGUAAAAUCAUUAUCCAAACUGUCCAUUGUGAAUAGUUCCUGGUUCAACUUGACAUUGGCCUGUUUACAGCCUUGAUUUUCUUUUUGCUUGUGUUUGUUUUACAUUUUCAGUGAUGUCACUAUGGUGCCCAGAUUUCAGCAGUUGUUUUGCUGAGUCGUUCAUCAAACAUGCUUGUAUCAGUCUCUGCUUGAUUUCUGUUCAGUGCAGUCAUACAAACAUCCAUCCUGUUUGUCUCAGUUGCUGCUGGUUAGGCUCACAAUGACUGCAAGUGGCAGGCGGAGCAGCCCGUUCGUCCUUUUUUAAAUAACGCCCCCUCAAGUCUUUCUAGGGGAUCCUCAAGUGUUCCCCAGGCCUGCUGGGAGAUGUAAUCCAGGGUUUCAUGUUUUCUUGCAGCUUUAAAAUGAUUUCUUCUUCUGAGUUCUCGCUGUAACUGAAAUUUCAUGACAAAAGACAAAAAGUAGCAUAAUUAAUCAGAGAGUGGUGUAUAUUUCUUUUCUGCCUCUUCCUUAAUAUAUAUUAGAUGACAUGUUGCUAAUUUUUUAAUAAAUGAAUGAAAAAUAAAGAUAAUA